AUGCCAAACUUCACCAGAAUAACAGGAUUCAUCCUUAUGGGGUUUUCAGACAUUCAGGAGCUACAGACAAUCUGUGGAGUGUUCUUCUUGGUAAUAUACCUAGCAGUCCUGAUGAGUAACACCCUCAUCAUCACUCUCAUCACCCUGGAUCUGAAGCUCCAAACACCCAUGUAUUUCUUCCUGAAGAAUUUGUCCCUGUUUGACUUGUUUCUUGUUUCUGUUCCAAUUCCAAACUUUUUUUUCAACAGCCUAACUCACAGAAAUUCCAUUUCCAUGCUGGGUUGUGCCUUUCAGAUACUUUUCAUGACUUCCUUUUCAGCAAGUGAGACACUUGUCCUGACUGCCAUGUCCUAUGACCGCUAUGUUGCCAUUUGCUGUCCCCUGCACUAUGAAUUAAUUAUGAGUAGUAGAAUCUGUGCACUGAUGUUGUGUGUUUCCUGGGUCACUGGCAUACUCUUUGGAACUGUAUAUACAGCUGGCACAUUUUCUAUGCCUUUCUGUGGCUCCAAUGUGAUCCCACAGUUUUUCUGUGAUGUCCCUUCAUUGUUAAUGAUUUCCUGCUCUGAAUCACUUGUGGUCAUUUAUGCAAGUCAUGGACUUGGUCUGUGUCUAGGCAUUUCUUGCUUUAUCUGUGUGGUGGUCUCUUACUUUUACAUUUUCUCUACUGUAUUGAAGAUUCCUACCACUAGAGGACAGUCCAAAGCAUUUGCCACAUGCAUCCCCCACCUCACUGUUUUCACUGUUUUCAUUGCUACUGCUUGCUUUGUCUAUCUGAAGCCACCCUCAAAUGUACCAUCAAUCACAGACAGUUUUUUUUCUGUGCUCUACACCCUGUUACCUCCAGCACUUAAUCCUGUGAUCUACAGUCUAAGGAACAAUGAUGUCAAAUGUGCUCUGAAGAGGUUGCAGCAAAAUCUCUGCGCAAUGGGUUCAUGUCAUUUAACACUUCAAAGCAACUGUCAGUGA